AAUAAUUUAAAAAUUAAUGUCCUUUAGUUUAUAGUUUUAGGGAUUAAAUUGAUUGAAUUUAAAGUUUGGGGGUUUUAAGUAAAACUUAGUAGAAGUUGAAUGACCAUAACUCAAUUCUCCCAAUUUUGCUUACCACAUGGCAUUGUCCCAACCAAGUUUUUUUUCUUUGUCGGUGGAAACUUGGAUAAGCCUCCAGAAGGCUCCCAAAAGUCCCCAUUUUGUUUUCCUACGUUUUACAGCCAUCCCACUUACAUCCUUUUCUUCCUUCUUUCUCCAACCAAGGUUAAGGUGCUUUUUGUUAGAUAAGUAAAAGUUUUAUUUAUGAAUUUUAGGUUAGAGUUUUGGAUAGUUUAAAUUGGUGAGAUUUGACUCUAAUCCUUUGGUUUAUAAGAUUUUUGAGUAUUAAAAUUUCAUUAGAAAUAUCUUUAAUUUUGGGGCUUAUAUGAGAAAGAUAGUGAGUUAUUCUUUUUUAUUGUUUGAUUUGGGUGUGAAUUUUUGCUUGUUGAAAUUAUAAUUAAAUUGUACUGUUUAUAAAUCACUGUUCACGAUUACUGUUCACGAUUACUGUUCACACAUUAUGCUUUGAUUUCUUUCAAUAGGAAGUCCUAAUAUUAUUUUGGACAUAUUAUGAAUUUGUUUGACAUGCGUAUGUGUUUGUAGUUAUGGAGUAAGUGGACCUAAACUUAAAGCUUGGAGUAUUCAGUGGACCCUUUGGGGUAUUUAGUGGAUCUCUGCGCAGUAGGGUUAUUACUGUGAUUAGUUCUGGUACAGUGUUGCUAGCACAUCUCAGUGGACUCCAUAGCAUUGUGUGAUUUUCAAUUUUAUGCAUUACGCUUGUGAUACCGUAUUUGUGAGCAUAUGAUUUUAGUAUAUGAAUUUAAUUUAAAUGUCAUUGAUUAUUUCUUGACAUUUGUGCUUAUGAUUUGAGAUAUUAAGUUAUUAUUUAAAUAGUAGGAAUUAUAAUAUUAUGUCAUUUGAUUCCGUUGUGUCUUAUGCUCUUUGUGUGGAUAUGUCUAAAUGUCUUAUGACCCAAGUUUAUAGCUUAAACUUAUUAUUUACUGGGCUGUUAGCUCAUAAAAUUCCCCUCCAUUUCAGAUCAAUAGAUCGAGGUAGCAGCCUCUCGGUUUAGGAGCUUUUCACACGGGACUCGCAUGCUCGUUGUAUGUACAAGCUAGGGCCUCGGGUUUUCGAUAGGGAGGCAGAUUGAUGUAUUACAAAAACAAUGACUCAGCUUUUGUUUUUUUGAAAAGCUUUGGAGAAGAAUUUGCCUCAUAUAAUUUUUGUG